GCGUGCAGCAGACUGAGUCCAGCCACAGAGCACCGAGCACCGGAGCGGAGACACACAGAGAGGAGGCUCGGGAAACUUAAGUAAAGCCCGCAAUGGGGGACCAGCUGAACCGCAAGUGAGAGUUAAAAGGAAAACGAGGUCGCUGGUAGUUAAUGCGUGAGAAGCACCGCACAGUUUAGCUCGCAACCUUCCUGCGGCGGUGAAUUAAACCCGCAUCUGCAAAAAAGAAACGUGGAUCCACCUGAAUACCUGCAGUGUGUCCUCGGGUGCGGACAGUGGUGACAUUGAGAGACGCGUUGGGGGGGACAGAGACACAGAGGAGAAGCGGAGGACAAGGAGGAGGAGGCAGGGAACGGGACAGGAGAAAGUUUCCGGAGCUUGGCGCAGACACAGCGGCUGAACAAUGCGGCUGACCCCGACGAAGUCCCUCUCAUCGGCCGCCCUGCUGAUCAUGCUGCUGGGUGUCCGCUGCUCCCACGGCAUUUCCUUGUCCCCUGAGGAGGCGAACCAGUUCCUGAGCAGACACCGGAGAGCCAACCAAGUGUUCGAGGAGACGAAGCAGGGCCACUUGGAGAGGGAGUGCGUGGAGGAGAGGUGCACCAAGGAGGAGGCCAGGGAGGUGUUUGAGAACGACCCGGAGACUGACUACUUUUAUCCAAAGUAUUUAGCGUGCAUGGACAAGUUUGGAGACUCGGAAAAGAAGAAACAGGAUCUGGUCACGUGUGUCCACAAUAUUCCAGACCAGUGCUCUCCCUCUCCCUGUAACGCCAGAGGUACGGUGCGCUGCGAGGACAAAAAGGGCGACUUCCUGUGUCACUGUUUCACAGGCUGGAUGGGCGCCAGAUGUGACAAAGAUGUCGACGAGUGCAGCAAGAGAAACGGAGGGUGUGAUCACGAGUGCAACAACACUAUGGGCAGUUACCGCUGCUCCUGUCACCAAGGAUACAUGUUGGUAGGACGCCAGAUGUGUAAUGAUGUGAAUGAGUGUGAGGACGCAGGUGUGUGUGGAACAGCGCGAUGUGAGAAUAAGGACGGCAGCUAUGAGUGCUUGUGUGAUGCCGGCUAUGUCUACGACAACGAAACCAAGACAUGUGUUGAUGUGGAUGAGUGCUUGACAGGUGUGUGUGCAGGGGAGUGUCUGAACACUCCCGGGAGUUUCCGUUGCUUCUGUGAUGGUCGACAGGGCAUGAAGCUGGGCCAGGACCUCAGGGGCUGUAAGAAUAUAACUCCCUGUUUGUCGCCGUCUCUGAAGAGGAACUCUCGUUCUCUUUACCUGGGCCGCAUGUUCAGUGGCGUGCCGGUGGUGAGGCUGAGAUUCCGCAGGAGGAUUCAAACUGGCUUCUCAGCAGAAUUCGACCUCCGUACCUACGAUCCUGAGGGGGUGAUUUUCUUUGCCGGUGGUCACCUGAACAGUUCGUGGAUCGUGCUGGCGAUGCACCGCGGGAAGCUGGAGCUGCAGCUUAAGUAUGGCACAGUCAGCAGGGUGACCAGCACCGGACCAAUCGUCAAUGACGGCCAAUGGAGAAAGAUCUCCGUGGAGGAGCAGGGGCGGAGUCUAGUGAUUAAGAUCGACAGGGAGGCCGUCAUGAAGAUCGCAGUGAAUGGUGAUCUGUUUACACUGAAGAAAGGCAUGCACGAACUCAACCUCACCGUGGGCGGAGUCCCAUUCAGAGAGGAUGGCCUCGUCAAUCAGGUGAACCCUCGUCUGGACGGCUGUAUGAGGGAGUGGCGGUGGCUGACGGGUGAAGACUCCUCCAUACAGGAGACCAUUCGGUCCAACGACAACAUGCAGUGCUUCAGCACAGAGAAUCCUGGAGCUUAUUACCCCGGCACAGGCUUCGCUCUCUUCAACAUCAGCUAUGAAUCACAGAAUCUGAGCCUCAAGUUGACCCUGCGUCCAACCGUCGCUAUGGGUGUGCUGUUUGCACUUGUUUACCAGGACAGAGUCCCUCUCUCCAUCGCUCUGGCCAACUAUCAUCCUGGCACGGAUGAAUGGAGAGAUUUUGUUCUGGUGUCUACCGGUGAUGCCAUCAUCGCCAGUUCUCCCGCUCCACUGUGUGACGGUGAGAGUCAUGAAAUCCAGGUGACGAUCACGGGCAACCAGACGCUGCUGCUGGUCGAUGGCCAGGCUGGAAGAAGUGAAGACACUGAAGUUCCUACCGACCUCUUCUCUCAAUCCACCACCUUCCUAGGAGGCCUCCCUGACGACGUCCUGUUGGUUUCCACGCUGGUGUCAGCCCCCUACAGCGGCUGUAUGGAGGUCAGCGUAAACAGACGGCCUCUGGACUUGGACCAGGCCAUCCAUAAGCACAACGACAUCCGCUCACACUCCUGCCCCCUGCUGGACUCCCACCAGUGACCAGCGUGUCAGUCUGCCAAAACUGAUCCAUAAGCAGUUGAUUGAGGCAAUGGGGAUGAUUUCCAUAUACUUAUAAAAGUUUUUGACCAGUGGGGGAGAUCUUUCAGAUUGGAAUGUAAAAAAAAACAAACUAGACCAGGUAUUGUGGUGCAGGCUGAGCCUUAACCCAGGAUCAGCCUGUCCCUCCACUGUGACAACACUGCUUCCUAGAGGUGUGUGCAGGGAUUUUCACAGUAUUGUCAAUUAGUUGGGUUGUUAAUCAGCUGGUGGUCAACAUCCGCUUCACUGAGCAGAAGAUGUGGGAAUAAAUGCUGCACAACAUUGCCUCAGAACUGCCCAUGUAUCACAACCUUGUCAGCCCACAGGAACAUACAGGGUCUUAUCUGUAAUAUGUUAACUGGUUGAUCUCGGGUCAGCCUAUUGCGCCUGGCAUCCUGUGCUAAAAAUACAGAUCUGACUGGAAAUGACUCUUAGCUGCAGAAUCUCAGCUGAUAGAGCUGAGGUCAUGUUGCUUACAUCCAGUUCACCAGAGGCCCACGUUCACAAAGCUUCAAAUAAUCAAAGCCUCGUGCAGAAUCCGAUGAAAUAGGGGAAGAACACAGGCACGGAAAAGAAAGUCAAUAAAUCAGCAGAGAGAAUGUGGAAUUAGGUGCUUGGAUCUAGUGUUAGGUGUAUAAUGUUUGAGUAGUCGAUGUGGACUAAAUACAUAUUAUUUCCUCCUUAUAAGACAAAUCUUGUCCUCUACCAGGCUUGAUACUAGGCACAGCUUUGUGCUCUAGAGAAAACCUUGCACAUUGUUGCAGGUAGAAAUGGACUGCCACCUGAAGCCAUUUUCUCGAUCGAAGCAGCAAUCCAUGUCUGCCUGCAACCUUAAAAACCGACCACGUGCCUGCCAAGAACAACCAACCCAAACUUCUCGACAGGUCAGCUUUUCCACAGGGGUGCAGUGCUGUGACACACAAACAGAGCAGUCAACACACUAUGCAUUUUGGAAGUAUUACAGUCCGUUAAAGAACUUGUCCGACACCCCGAUUCUCAAUAAUCAAUCGAUAUAACUUCAUCACGAUGGCCCCUUCUUUCCCUCAGAACCCCCCCCCAGACUCACAGUUAAAAACCUGCCACAUACACGAGCGGCGGACUACAGAUUAGUCUCAGAAGCACAGGGACACAGGAGGGGGCCCGCUCCAUGAAGGAGAGAGAGCACUGCAUCAUUCGCACCACACAAGCUACUGAGGGUUAAGAGAAGAGUGCGCUGUAAAAUACUGAAUAUGUAAAUAAUGUGACUGUACAAUGCUUUUUAGAAGACAGAAAACAAACACUACCUUAUGCUCACUGAGGUUUUCUGCACAUUUUAAGUUGAUCCAAAGUUAAACCGUAAUCUGAGUCGCUUCAUUUCAUCUGCUUCUUUAAAAAAAAAAAAAGGGUUGAGCAACAAAUCCAUUCCCUUUUCAUUUCUUUUUCUUUUUUGCAUCAGAGCAAUAGCCAGGGAUCUAAGUACUGUCAAUCAUUAGGUACUCUGUUUUUAAUUUAGAUUUAUAGGUGCUGAGCAAAUCAAAACUCAAUCAAGAUAAAGAAUGUCAGGAGCAUUGUGAUUGAGAAAUACCAAAAGGCCUCCAGUGCUAUUUGACUUCUCUCUGUAAUGUUUCAUUUUCCAGUUUUCUGACGAAUGACUGCCGGAAUAUAGAGCUUGAUGUCUUAUGUUGUUUUUUUUUAUAAUAUCUGUUGUUGUAUAUUGAACUUCUCUUUAGUUUUUAUUUUUCACUUUAACUGCCAGUAUGUGUAUGAUGCUGAGAGAAGUCUGCCUUUUCAGUUUUAAAACUUCCCUCGACAGUGAAAAAUCCUAUUUAAAAACAAAACAAAAAUAAAAGCGAUCGUAUGAAAUGUGUUUUCCAUCAAUGGAUUUGUAUGCUAUGUGGUUAUGUUACAAGAUAAACUUUUCAUUUCCUGCUG